CAGUUGCAAAAAGAGUUCGACGAUUUCGAGCAAUGCAUUCGGGAUUUAAGAGAAUUUGUUAUUAAAAAUACAAGUGAUUGGGGAUCGCCAAAUCGUCUGCAACUGCAACUAGAUCAUGUUACUGCUAGCGAUGACCUGGAGGAAUUAAGUGAGUCUGGAAAAAUGCUCGCAAAAGAGCAAAUUCUUACGCAAAAUGCCGCUGAUGAUUUGACAAGAAAAGUUGACCAUCUGGCUGGAAAACUAAAAAAUCUGAACGGCAGAAAUAGUGAAAUGAUAGAACGUAUGAAAAAUUGUAUCACAGUACUCGAUGAUGUUGGUUUCGAUAUGCAGAAGCUGGAUGCCGUAUUUGAAAGUGUUGAGUCGCGACUCAAUGCUUUUGUGCGAUCCGAAAAUGUGGAAACAGCAGAUGCCGAUCGAAUAACUCUGGAAGCAUUGCUGGAGGAUUUGAAUCAGUGA